UUAAAGAAAUGAAGAAUUUACACGUGCUCAAUUUAAUGGGAAACCCGUGCAUCAGAACUGUAGAUAACUAUCGAAGAAAUAUGAUUGUGAGCUGUAAAUUAAUGACCUACUUGGAUGACCGACCAGUGUUUGACAAAGAACGAGCUUGCUGCGAGGCGUGGGCCAUAGGGGGCAGAGAGGCAGAAAAAGUAGAAAGGGAACGAUGGAUUCAGAAAGAACAGCAGAAAAUUACGGACAGCGUUAAUGCACUAAUAAAGAUGAGGGAUGAAAGGCAAGCGGAGAAAGCAGCAUUGGAAUUGGAAGUUGAGAAAAUGUGCAGACAGGGUGCGAACGAUGACGUCAACGAGACUCAGACGUUGAUUCAUCCAGAGCUAGACGUCGUCGUUGAGGAAUUGGAUAACGAGAACAGGGACAAAGAGGACGAGACGGCAGUUGCUGAUGAUAACUCGGUUUUACAAGAAAUUCCAGAUAUUUCUCUUGUCGAAGCUUCGUUGCAAACUAUUGAGAAGCCCAUGACCAUGGCAUCAGAAGGCAUGUCCCUCAACUUUGCUGGUGAAACUAUGGAAAUGGAGUUUGAUGAGCCUGAAACAAUGGAACCAGUGUCAAAUAGACUGGUUGACACACUUGAGGCCACUUUUAACCAAGUUGAGAAGCAAUUGAGGGACAAAGCUAUGGAGAAAGACGCAGAUCUCGAACAGGAUUAUUGCAUUUCUUUUAAUGUCAAUCCGCCAGAUGCCAAAGACGAAAAUGUUGAAGGCCAGCUGAACGAGUUGAAAUCGCAGAUUGAGGAAAGCCUGUCUAAACCAAUUGAUGCAGAUUUGAGUGACGGGAUUCGAGCAGUUAUUACCCGUGGCGCAGAGCUCCUCGGAAUUGCUAAUAUUUGGUCAGAAGAAGAUCCAACUUUUCUUUCUGAUGAUGAAGAACAAAGCAUUGGCUCAGAUAAAACAAGCUCUAGUGACAAAGGGGCAAAUAAUAAUGAGAAUAUGCUCAAAACUGACGAUGCCAAGCUUACAGGAGAAACAUCUCUUCAACACGAUUCACUGGUGAAAUUUGAGCAAGUCAUGUCAGACUAUGACAACUUUAUUGCAAGCUUUAUGAAUGAGACAUUUGAAGACCACGAAGAAGAUGCAGUUAAACUUGAAAAUGGGGACGGAGAUUCAAAUACUAAAAAUGAAACAACUGCUCUUCAAAUGCUGGCCAGUGAGAAAGAGAAAAACGACGUCCUUCAUGAAAAAUUUCUGCAACUUUGCGAUUUUGAAGACAACUGUCUAUCCCAAUUAGUAAAUGAGGAACUGAAGCAUUCUCUUCAAGAAAAGAUGUUACGCGUUCGGGAGUUGCAGCAAAAAGAGAAGGAAGAAAUUUCAAUUCUACAUGACGAAAUUAAUAAACACUUGGACCUGGAAGCGAAAAUUGCUGAUCUGAGUAAUUUUGAAGAUAAUUUAUACUCGAUGGAUACCGAUAUGAAGGAAAUAUCGCGCAUUUUGAAGGACGAGAUCAACUUUUCUUUUCCGGAAAUUGAAAACACAUUCGCUAACCUUGCAAUUGUUAACGAUGCGAAAAAGGAAAACCAAGAAGAAUUGGCAACAAAUUUAGAUCAACCACAACUGGGACCUGAUGAAAGCAGAUUUUGGGAUUCCAAUUGGUCAAUAAAGGAUGACAGUAACACCCUACGACAGGUUAUGGACGAGGAAACCAGUUCUGGAAUAUUUUCGUCAAUUUCGCAUGACAGCGAUACCGUUGCAUCCGAAUCUGAGAUUGAAUUGCGCAACACCAUUGCCACAAGCAUGACCAAAGGUGUGAAUGACGAGCUGAUGGAUUAGUCAUUCAAUAUGUAUAUCUUUAAUAAUCCUAAAU